GCUCGAAAGCGCGCUGCGACGCUCUAAGCCGUCAUGGAUCUCUCGAGUAUGCGCGUCAAGGAGCUGGCAGAGAUCUGCCGCAAGUUCGGUCUACGCACGAGUGGACGCAAGGCGGAGCUGGUGGAGCGGAUAAAAUCCAACGCCACUUAUCAGGCAGACGUGGCGGCAAUGGCCAAAAUGGGGAUCAGCAAUGGACACAGCGGCAGCCACAGCGGCACCAAAAGGGGGUCGAGCAACACUUACACGAGUAGCAACAAGAAGCCGAGAAACGAGAAAGCUGAAGAAGCUGCAAUUGAUGCCGCAUUCGCUCGCUUCCAAGAUCCGGAAGCGGAGGAGGCUUCAAUUACCGACGAUGGCAUCCUGGCCUUGUGUGACGCACUGGAGAUCGAUGCUCAAGACCCAGUGAUGUUGGCGCUGAGCUGUGCAAUGGAGUCGGCGACCAUGGGCGUCUAUACGCGCUCCGAGUUCCACCGUGGGAUGCACAAGUUGGACUGCCAGUCGAUCGAAGUCCUGCGAGCGAAGCUCCCAGUUCUGCGGCAUCAAAUGCGAGAUCGUGCCGAGUUUUCCACUAUUUAUUCGUUCACGUUUGGGUUCUCGAAGGAUCCGACGCAGAAGAGCUUGGCGCUGGAAUUGGCUGUCGGGCUCUGGGACCUCUUACUGCCUGGCCAUUUCCCAUGGCGCCGUCAUUGGCUGCAAUAUGUUUGUGCUGGACUUUGGCCACCAAAUCAAUCCAGAUCUAAGCAACUACGACGAGAACGGAGCGUGGCCGGUGCUCCUGGAUGA